ACAUUCAUUUUCAUUUCUGGCACGCUCGCGAGUGGACGUGCGGACCGAUACGCCGAUAAUACCUAUAGCCCAGUUCGAUUCCCAUCCACCUAUAUAUAAUAUAAAUAUAUAUAGAGAGAGGAUCUCUCCAUAGAUCUUUCACCUGUCGCACAGUGCGUGAGGGUGCAAAAUCAACAUCUAUGCCAAAAGCACCAGUAAACGCGUCGCGAGUGUCGGUUUAAUCCAAGGAAAUUACGUAUCGAACAGCAGUUUGAAAGUGAAGUCAGUGAAAGUCCUUUUUGCCGCCAAGGCAUGCGAAUAAAUUUGCAAAAGUUACGCGAACCAUCGGCAAAUAGGAGAUACCAACGCAAUCAGCAGAGUUAACAGCCAAAGGAAAGGGCCCCUUCCAAGGGUGCCUCGGAUAUCUUAGUAGAACAAAAGAAAUAAAAGAAAACAGCAACACUAAAAACUGAGCCAUGGAGCAAUUUGAGCAGCUGCUGACGUGCUGCGUCUGCCUGGACAGAUACCGCAUCCCCAAGCUGCUGCCAUGCCAGCACUCCUUCUGCAUGGAGCCCUGCAUGGAGGGACUGGUGGACUAUGUGCGACGUCAGGUAAAAUGCCCGGAGUGUCGUGCCGAACACCGGAUACCCUACAAUGGCGUGCAGGCCUUUCCAACGAACGUCACCCUACAACGCUUCCUAGAGCUACACAUCGAAAUCACUGGAGAACUGCCCGAUCCCACAUCAGGUCAAAUUAUGGAGCGUUGUGGUGUUUGCUCGGAAAAGGCCUACCUAUCCCACUGUGCCCACUGCGAGAAAAAGAUCUGCGAGGACUGCAAAAGCGCCCACAUGGACAUUCUGCGGCGAGAGAUCACGAGAUUUAACUCACAGAUCCGUCGCAGUUUGCACCGACUGCAGGACUCGCUUUCCAUCAUCGAAAAGAAUACCAUGAGUCUGCAGACGAACGCCAUCAGUGUGACAGAGGAGAUCGAUGAGAUCUACCAGCGGAUCACCAAGGCUAUUAAGGAUCGUUCCGAUCAGCUGAAGGGCGAGAUUGAUCGAUACUUGGCUGUGGAACUGCGUAAUCUGACCACCUUGAAAGAGAAUCUCGAUUUGGAAAUCACAAACAUCACCAGCAACUGCGAUACGGUUGACAAGUACAUGAACGAGACUGUGGAGUGGGAUGAUUGCGAACUGAUGGACACCAAGGAGAUCUUCCUGAAGACGGUGGAGUUCCUGCGUCACUUUGAGUACGAGAACAAUGACUAUAGUCGACGAGUGCGGUUCCUGGUCUCCAUAGACCCCAACCAGCUAGUCAUGAACUUGGCCACCUUCGGCGAUCUGAAUAUCGCGCCCCACUCAACACCAAGUGGUGGUUCGGUGAGCAGUUCCCACCUGGCGCCUCCCAGUACUUUGCAACCGGGAUUAAUGCGUUCGAAGAGUGAUCACCGUUUGGCUACCCAGUUCCGCCAGCAGGAGGAGCGCAGUGGCUACAACGAUGAGCCCGUGUUGGGCGGUCGCAAGUUCGGCGAACGCCCACAGCGCAGCGCCACCCAAGCGAACAACGAUCGUUAUGGCCGUGGUGGUGGCGGGGACUACGAUUACGAGAACGACUACGAGAACGAUGGUUCCUCGGGCAGGGCUGGAAAGUCCUCCCGAUUCCGCUCGCGAUUCGUGAGAUCCCAUCAGAACGACGACUCCGACAGCGAACAGCAGCAACAGCAGCGCCAGCAGGAGCUCAAGGAGCGCAAGGAUCGCGUCCUGGACAGCGAGGAUGUGUCCCGCGGCCAGUUAAGUGGCAUUAUCCGUUUGAGCGACUGCUCGCGAGUUGUCCAGCGUCUGGCGGAUAUUGGCAAGGAAAAAAAGAGAAAAAAAUCCGAUGCCGCAGCUGCAGCUCAAGCCGCAGUUCAAGCCGCCAUUCAGGCCCAAAAGGCUGCAAUGCAGAGGCAACAGCAAAAGAAUCAGCAAACUGCCGCCGACGAGGAGGAGCUGGCGCGCCAGAAGCGCAAGAAUGCCGGAUCUUCAUCGACAGCCGGAGCAGCCACAUCUACGUCAAGUGGUGGCGAUGCAGCCAGCGAUCAGCGGGUGGCAGCUUUGAAGAAUCGAGGCGGAGAAGAAAGCGAUGGAAGCUCCAACCAGGCAGCGUCUCCAGUGCGUAAUAGUGCCGCAGCUACGACGCGAGCCGAGGUAAGUGUGAAUGAGGCAAAUACAGAAGAAGAAGGCGUGGCCAGUGAAAGCAGUGACAGCGAAGAAGAGGAGGAGGAAGAAGAAGAGGAUGAGGGUGCAGAAGAAGCAGAAGAAUUUGUAGAAGUGGCUUCUAGGGAACGGCUUAACCCACCGGAGGAAUCCCUGCAACCGACCUCUUCCGAAGUAACGGAGGAGGAGGAGUCCUCUUCCGAGUACGAAGAAGUCACAGCCACCGAAAGUGAAGAAGAGCAGGAAGAAGACCUCGAAAUCUUAGCUGAUAGAGAAAAUCAGAAUCUUCCAGUGAUUAAUGUUCUACCACCCGAAAAUGAUUUGACCCAAAAAGUGGAAGAAAGCCCAGUAGAUCACAUUAGUAGUCAGCAACCUCUAGAAGAAACAGACAAAUCUACAGAAGAAAGCCCAGAAGAAGAGGAUGAAGAGGAGUACACAGAAGAAGAGAUAGAGUCGAAGCCGCCAGUUUCCGCCCAGGUGGCAGCGGUGAAGAAGACCCAGAGAUCCGGGAGCAGUGACAGCAGUGCCUCCACCGAAAGCUCAGCAAGCUCGGCGGCGGCAGCAGCAGCUGCCACAGCCACAUCCACAUCCGGGGCUGGACCUGCAACAACCACCAGUGGCAACAGCAACUCCACGACACAAAAUCCCAAGGCGCCUAGUUCAUCCAGGUAUUCCACUGCCCGGGAUACGACGGCUGUUCCUGAAAAGAAGCCAUUCGUGAGCCGUUUCCUGCCGCAACACAACACCGCCAAUACAUCCAAUGGUUCCGCGGACAAGAAGAAGGCCGAGUCCAGUUCCAGUAGCGAAGAGGAAACCAGUUCGGAAUCCGAAUCUGAAUCGGAACCUGAGACCAAGGCAAAAACGAGUGCCACCAGUAGUAGCACCAACACCAAAUCCACACCCAGUAGCGCCGCCAGUUCAACCACGGCAGCCAGUAGCUCCACCAGUGGUGGAUCCUACAGGGAUCGCUUGGAGGCCCGAAGAGCUUCCCGGGAUGAUAGCUCCUCGACGGCGGCGGGGCGAAGCAGCUAUGCCACGCCCUCGAGCAGCGGUUAUGGAAGUGGUAGUGGAACUAGCAGCGGACGUACGCGAGCUGUACCAGCUCCUCAUCAUGCGAGCGAGAGCGAAGAUCGCUAUGGAAGCGGCACAGGCAGCAGCUACACAAGCCGCUUUCUAAACAAGAGCAAGAGCAGCGCCAUUGUAACGCAACCCUCGCUAUCCACGCCCACCGCCUCCUUCGAUGAGGAUGCAACCGGAACUGGUGACGAUUCGGACAGUCGUUAUGGAACAGGCCGCUCCCGCUAUUUGGCCAUGAAGGAGCGACGCACACGGCUGGCGCGCAGCCGCUCGUCCCAUCAGUUUGGCAACGAUGACGAGGAUCUGGAUGAGCCGGUGUCCCCCACUACGGUCUCGCCGUCCGCUUACCUGGCCUCAAGGUACAGCGGCUAUGGCAGCAGUGACCUCUCCCGCAGUCGCUCUUCUCACGCCCUGAAAUCGCGCGACAACUCACCGAUCACCGAUCGCGGAGCAGGAUCGUCGCGGUCCAGCGGUCUGGGCGGUAGCUCGACGACGGACAGCAAGGACGGCGAGGCCUUGAGCUCAUGGGCACGGUACCUGAAGAACAAGUACGGUAACAAGGGCAGCAAGGACUCGGCCGGUAGUAGCGGCAGCGCACGCGACACGCAUGCCGGCGGCUCGACGUCAUCAUCGACGGCGCCGUCGGCGUCGUCGUCGCAUGCGCACGGCUACGGUAGCGGUACGAGCGGCACAAGCGGUCGCAGCACCGCCAGCGAUGUGUCCCGCCGUUUGAGCUUGGGAUUGCCUUUGCGUCAAGCCAACGAGUUGGCCUCCUCCGACGAUGACGGGUCAAAAAACGGGCUAGGCUCCCCUACGUCCCCUACGGUAGCAGCAGCAGUGGCAGCAGCCGGUAUAACCGGAGCGGCAGGUACUAUCCCUAAACAGGUGUACCUACGCAAGCGCCAGCAGCUGUUCCAGCUGGGGGGCCGGGGGAGCGAGCCCGGAUCCUUCACAUGGCCACGCGGUUUGGCCGUCGGUCCCGAUAAUAGUAUCGUGGUUGCCGACUCCAGUAAUCACCGCGUCCAGGUCUUCGACUCCAAUGGCAUCUUUGUCAAGGAGUUCGGCGAGUACGGCAAUGGCGAGGGCGAAUUCGAUUGCCUCGCCGGUGUGGCCGUCAAUCGCAUCGGUCAAUACAUCAUAGCCGAUAGAUACAAUCAUCGCAUACAAGUGCUCGAUCCGCAAGGACGAUUCCUGCGCGCCUUCGGUUCGCAGGGCACCGCAGAUGGCAAAUUCAAUUAUCCUUGGGGCGUAACAACCGAUGCACUCGGCUUCAUUUACGUGUGCGAUAAGGAGAACCACAGAGUGCAGGUUUUCCAAUCCGAUGGUUCCUUCGUUGGCAAAUUCGGUUCCUGCGGCCGUGGCGAGGGACAACUUGAGCAUCCGCAUUAUAUAGCCGUAUCGAACACGAAUCGUGUGAUUGUUUCCGAUUCGAAUAACCACAGGAUUCAGAUUUUCGACGUAAACGGCAAAGUGCUGUCCACGGUGGGCGGCGAGGGCUCCGAUGACGGCCAGUUCAAGUUUCCACGCGGUGUGGCCGUGGACGAUCAGGGCUAUAUAUUCGUGGCCGAUUCUGGAAAUAAUCGCAUACAGAUCUUCAAUCCGGAUGGCAGCUUCCUGAAAACCUUCGGCUCCUGGGGCUCCGGUGAUUCGGAGUUCAAAGGACUCGAGGGCGUGGCCAUUAUGUCCAAUGGCAAUAUUUUGGUCUGCGAUCGUGAGAAUCACCGCGUCCAAGUCUUCUGAUCUGACUC